AUGACUUCUUUCGACAACGCCGACUUUGUCGUCUAUUCUGCCGAGGGUUCCCCCUUUUCAGUCAGUCGGGUCAAGCUUCAAGAUGGAUCCCUCGUUUUCCGCGACAUGUUUAGCUGCUGCGACGCGUCAAAUGACGACUCAUCCCAAGUUCUCGAGCUCUCCGAAAAAGAGGCUGAACUCGCCAUUCUGUUGCGACUGUUGCACACUCCUCCUGACCCACCAGUUGAAUUUAUCCGGCUUCCUCGCACGGAAAAAGUGAAGACACAUCUACCCAUCCGAUAUGAUCUCUCGACCGCCAUCCCGCUCCCCAUCAUACGGCUCAUGCGAGCCCUCGCUGACAAAUAUGCUAUUGAGGCCUCCAUACUAAAGCAUCUGGAGCCGCAUUUAGUUGCCCACGCGCCAGAACAUGCCCUGGAGGUCUAUUCCACCGCAGUGUCGCUUGGCAUGCCGCUCGUGGUGAAUGAAGCCAGUCAAUACAUACUCCCGCUUUCAUGGUACUCGCAAGACGAAAUCAAAUUGAUUCCCACGGCCAUAAGCUACCACAAUAUCCACCGUCUACAGACCUUCCGUGUCAAAGCCCUGCAAGACAUUCUAUUGCGCGAACCGCUAUUUCCUCAUGGGUAUGGUACAUGUCCAAACCACGAUGACGCUGCUGCAAUAUGGGAGCGAACGGCGCUGAUCUUGUCGCGCAAAAUAGAAUCGAAUUCUGACGUUGGCGGGGAAAUGGAAAGUCUAUACUAUAUUUACCAAAGCUGCUCAGCGUGUUCAAAAGCGUUGCGAGCGGCCCUUGAUAUGCUGGCCUACAAGUGUAGGCGUGUGCCAAGGCGACUUGACCAGUUGCCAAACGAAGAUGUAUGA